AUGGAGAAAGAAGAAGGGCUGCCCGAAGCUGGGGUUGUGAACCAACCACUUUCUUCGGAGGAGGCGAUGGAGGAAGAGUUAGGGAGAAGAACUCUGGCCAUCUUGGAUCCUAAGGAAACUGCUAAUGCAAAAUCCUAUGAGGGACCCAUCAGGGUCACUUUGAAGGAAGUGGCAGCAGAGAAACGACUUGAAAGGGCCAAAGAGAAGAAGAAGAAGAAGAAGAAUAUCAGAGAGAAGGGGGAUGAAGAAGAGGAGGAGGCCAAGCUGAAGAAGGAGAAAGAAAGGAGUGGAAGAAAAGAAAGCAAACGGGAGGAAAGGCGCCUGAAGAAGGAGGAAGAGAGGAGAAAGAGGGCUGAGAGUCCAGAGCUAGACGGAGAAUCCACCUCCGUGAGGGAGGACAAGGGGGAAUCAGCGCAACUAAGAGAAUCAGCGCAACAUGAAAUACCACAAACGAUUGCGAUUGAUGAAGGAGAAGAUGUAGAAAUCACCCCCUUGACACGACAUCGCAAGGAGAAUACGCUGCAAGGGUCAACCAUCGACCCUCCAAUUUUAAUAGAUGCAUUAGAAGAGCAGGAGAGGAGAAGAAAGGAGGAGGAAGAGAAGUAG